CCGAGCCCCCGGCCCCGGCCGCGCCCCGGGGAGGCGGCGGGCAGCACGGGGAGCGCCCCGCGUCCCUCCCGGUGACCGGAGACCGCGGCUGCCCGGCCGGAUCGCCGCGCCCCUGCUUCUUCGUGCCCCCGGUGGGCGAAGCUCAGCCGCUGCCCGCGCUGCCUGGGGGCACCCCGUACCCGCUGGGGACGCACCCAACCCGCUGGGGUCGCCCCAUAUCUACUGGGGUCACCCAGUGCCCGCUGGGGACACCCCGUAUCUCCCGGGGACAUCCCGUGCCCACCGGGGUCACCCCACACCCGCUGGUGACACCCAGUACCCGUAGGGGUCACCCCAUACCCACCGUGGGUGCCCCCAGGCCACGCCGCCCGGCUGCGAGGGGCUGCCGUUCCUCCUUGCCCCCCCCCCCGUCCCCACCCCGCUCCCACCCCGCUGCCCGGCCCCCGACGUCCUGAAGCGAGCCGGCGGGCGCCCAACGCGCCCCCCCCCCCCCCCCCCCCGGGGACCGCUGAGGAAACGGCCGCCGGCUUCCUCCGCUCAGCCCAGCCCCGCGGCCCUGGAGCUCGCAGAGGCCAUGGGCACGUCGGCGGACGACGAGCAGGGCGCGAGCCCCAGAGAUGAGGAGUGGCCAGAGGUGGAAAAGGCUGAGAAGUUAGCGAGAGGAGCUGCUCUGAAAUGGGCUUCGGGGGUGUUUUACCGCCCCGAAAAUCUGGAGGGGCUCGGGCAGUACCGGAGCCGAGAGACGCAGAGGAACAGCUCCAUCCAGUCGCGGCUGAAGUCAACUGUCCAGUCCUACCUGGAGGGGGUGAGUGCAGGGCUGGAGCAGCUGCGGUCGGCGGUCCAGGAGGUGCAGAGCGUGUGCCAGGAGCUGGGGGCAGCGCGAUGGGCCCUGCUCGACUGCGCGGACCGCUUCCAGGACCUCCAGCAGAUGCGGGCGCUGAUGGCAGAGCACGUGCAGCUGGCCUCGGUGGUCCAGGUGCUGCCCCAGCUCUUCUCGGUCCACGAGGUUUUUUCCCAUACGCUGCAGCUGCUCCGUGGGCAGCACCUCCUGGAGGCCCACGUGGAGAUCAUGAUGAUGGAGCACCUCCGGGAUAACAUCCUCUCCCAGCUGCACCUUCGUGGGCUCUCCAGUGCCCAGGCAACUGUGCUGUCCUACUUCAGUGGCCUGCAGGAGCUCAACGAGAGCCUGGCCAAGCAGCUGUGGGGCAUUGUGGCCAGGAGCCUGCAGCUGGUGCAGGAGGACCCAGUUCUCUUCGUCACCGCUGUAAGGAUCAUCGAGAGGGAGGAGAAAAUAGACGAUACUCUGCUCCUGGAUGCCACCUUCCUGCCCCCUGGCCGCCCAAAGGGCUGGAGGCAGAAGUUUUACCACGUUCUCCAGGAGACCAUCACAGGAACCCACUUCCAUACCACCCGCAUGGAUGCAGGGCUGUCCAGGCACCUGGAGGCGCUGCAAAGGGACAUCGUGUCCGAGCUGCGUGUGGUGAAGGACCUGAUGGUCCAGUGCGUCCCAGCCCACUACAACAUCCUCAGCGUCUGCACCGCCACGUACCACCAGGCCCUCGCUAGCCACCUCCAAGACAUCCUCCGAGAAGACCUGGACAAACAGGCGCUCUUCCACCUCCUUAAGUGGGUGCUUCAUGUGUACCACAGCUCCGAGAUGAUGGGUCACCCGGACCUUCUCCCAGAAGUGGAUGUUUCUUCUCUGGGCCCCUUGAUUUCCCCCGAGCUUGUGGAUCAGACAGAGAGGAGAUACGUGGUGAAACUCAAGACUAGUGUGCUGGAGUGGAUGCCGAGGACCCUGAACAGGGAGUUCGAGGAGUGGUUCGGGGAAAAGGAACCCAAGACGGACCAUCAGGGCUUCUUCCAGUCAGACCUGCCCACUGAUGUCAUAGAGAUGCUGAAUAGUAAUAUCAAGGUAACUUCCUCGAUCACCAACUCUCUGCAGCAGAAGGUCUACAACAUGGCCUUGGAGGAGCUCGAGGCAUUUCUGGGCCGUCUGCGGGAAGCCCUAGUGCAAUAUGGGAAGGAGCACCAGAAGGAUCCUACCAUACCCAAGUACUACGUCCCCUACCUACUGGCCAUGCUCAACAACAACCUGGCUCUCAGCUCCUUUGUCCCCACUCUGCACCCCGACUCUGCCUGCAGAGAAGUCCCUGUGUCCCUCCAGGCUGCUCUAGACAGGAUGCAGAAAAAAGCCUGCCAGCUGCUGCUGGAGGAGCUGCUCCUUGACCUGCAGCCCCUGUGUGUGCAUCUGGCUUCCCGUAAGUGGCUCUCUGGGUCCCAGCUGGUCAACAGCAUGUGCGAAGUGAUAGACAAGUACGCAAAGGACUUCUCCCGUGUCAAGAAACCUGUCUUCACGCUCCUGCUGACAGAGUGCGAGGUCCUGGUUGCAAACCAGUACCUGAGGGCACUCAUGCAGAAGAGGAUGGUGUGCAAGAGCAAGGAGGAGCGGGGACAGUUCUGUGACCGCUUGCUGCAGGACGCCACGCAGCUCCGGGAGCUCUUCUGUAGCCUGGGCCUGGGUAGGAGCCAGCAGAACCUCGAGGCCGUGUUUGCCGUGCGGGAGCUGCUCUGCCUCAAAGACACGGCUCUGCUCAGCCUGGAGGUGCUGGGCUUCAUCACCAAGUACCCUGACGUCAGCGAUGAGCACAUCUCCACUUUGCUGGAUCUCCGGGGUGACGUCUCCAAGGAGGUGCGACACAUGGUGCUGGAAAUGAUGGCGCAGCACCCCCAGGCCCUGCCCGAGAGCUACCAGCCCAUCUUCAGCACCAUCCUGGUCCCUGCACCAGAGCUGCCCUUCUGCCUUCGCAAGGGCAAGUGUGCCUGACACAACCUGCUGCCUGCCACGGCCCCGCUCCCCGCUGCCCCUGUGGACACACAGACCACGCGGGACAGCUCCGAGGCUGUGUGUGGGGAGAACGGAGAUGCCACGUGGCAUCCCCCUUGCGCUGCACCUUGCCCUGUGUCGGGGACAGGCUGGAUACGUAGCAUCCUUCUCUGGUCUUGCUUUGCUGAGCCAACUGUCACCCCUGUAAGCAGACCCAGGAGACCUGGGUCAGGAGAAAAUUCAACCCACAGCUCUGCUGGCCUGCUAAGGCAGCAAUUGAGACCUGCUCAGGUUUAGCCUAUUGCCUGUAGGAGAAAGUAGAGCAGCAGAGCGAAGGACAGGAGGCUGCAGCUGGGGUGAGGCCAACUCUCCAUGGGGCUGCAGAAACGUCUGCGUUUCCCUGAGGCUCCAGACAGCCAGAGCAGCCUGGGCAUUGAUUCUUUGAUCACCCCAGCUCUGAGACAAAUCGUAGCCUUGCUAGGCCCAGGCUUGCCAGAGGGUUUUGGCCAUGUAGGGGCUUCCUCUCCUGUUAACCAGCCUAGACCAUGCAUGGAUGGGGGGAAGCAUCUCAGCCAGCUCAUCAUGGCUCAUGGCAAUAGAGAAGAAGGGGUCUCACCACCCUGGGUAAUGCCAUAACUCUCCCUGCUGGCAUGAAGAGAGAGCUCUGAGUUGUGGUGACCUGCCCAACUCCUGGAUCCAGCUCUCUUGCCAGCAUCCACAACAGCACUGAAGUCCAAGACUCCAACAUCUUACAGGACAUGAAAGGAGUUUCACCUGUGCGUCAAGCAUCCUCUUGUCCCAGCUUCCUCCAUGAUAGGCAGCACCAUUCUGGGCACUGGUUCUCCCUCCGUCCACUGCCAUUGUCCAUCGCUUGGUCAUCUCCUCCCCCGGAGCAAAGUGGGUCUCUGUGCUCAGCUCCCCGGGAGCUCCCUGCCCAGCCCUCCUUUGCCGUCUCCUCCUGCCUGGCCUGCACAUGUGUGCGCAGCCCCACAGCACCUUGGGUGGCAGGAGAGGUGACCUCCACACUCUGCUGCACUUGCUGCCUUGUGGCAGGCCUGAGCCUGCUGUCCAUGUAUGGCACUGAUACAGAAAUAAAGACUUGAGCUCUGCA